AUGCCGCCUAACUCUCUCGCAGAGUGUACGGCUGCAUCGUACAAGCUCAUUGCCAAUCUCUUGGUGCGCGGGAGGAAGACAUUGGCGGUAUGUGUUAGUCUCCGCUUAAGUGCUAUCGGAUUUCAGGGUUCUAACACCACCACCUUCCUGCAAGACCUUGAGCGGUCGCUCCCUAACCACUAUUGGGACCUCAAACCCGACCACAUAUCAGUGCUUCUAUUCGCGGCGACGCGGUCUUCGUCCAGGGCCGUGCCUACAAUACGCUCACUAUGCUCCAGGUUGUCUACCAUCUGCGACACUUCGGGAAAAGAUGCGUUUGAUCGAGAGAUUGCGGCAGCGCCAUCUUUGCCACCGCUGGAUCUGGAAAAUCUAGUGGUCGUUGCGUCCUGCAUAAACCGUUUCUCACGCCGUGAGUUUGACGAUGUGCAGUUGAGAGCCAUAGUAAAGACAUUGCAACCCGCAUUGAUUCACUGGAUAGAGGACGGCAACAAAUGCAUCUCCGCCACCACAGAACCACUGCAGAAGCGCCUUCCACCCGAACACUACGCAAAACUGUGCACCGGGUUUAUUUGCCUGGGCAGAAUCGUACACCGCCUCACAAGUAGCGAGUCGAACAAAGAAAACGGCGCCUAUUUGCAACAACUAUGCGAAUCUCACGCACAUUUGCUAGAGAGGGUUCUUCACUCUUGCUCCGAUGAGGUAGCUGCGUACAAAGCACAAUCGCCCGCACAAAUGCGCGACCCACCUGUUGAAGAGGCGUAUGAGCCAUACAUCGGAUUCAGUCUCCCCGUCAUAGAAGAACUAAUGGCUUUCGGUUACCCGACGGCUGCAGUCACGGCUGCUUACUGGAAGGUUUUUGGUGCAAUCGAUGUUCGAUGUAUCAGUAACGUGGAGACCCUGGUUCGAACAUUCGGCAUGCUCGACCCAACAAAGGUGGCAUUCGACGUUGGAAAUUCUACCGCCAAGAAGCUGCUGGACGUGAUUGCCACCCGUGACCUGAGUGACCUAGGUAACGAGCAACUUUAUCGCAUAGUGGUCACCUGUAGCGAGCUGGAGUUGCAGCAUCAGGCUGCUCUAGACGCAGUGGGAGAUGCAUUUUUGCAGCGUUCGCACCAGCUUCCGGAUAUGACAAGGGUGGUGGAUCUACUCCAGCGCUUCAGGACACUUUCUUACCACAAUGCAGCGCUUCUGGAGAUGUUGGUGCGACACGUGCACAACAAGGGCACGGCGACGCCUUCACAAAUUCUUUCCGUGGUGGAAUCAUGCGUGAGUUUUAUUAAAGCAGAUGUAUGA